AGUGGUGGCUCCCGAUGAAUCGGUGAGCUGCCACGAGCCAUGUUGGCAUUUUCAUCAUGUUUGCAGCCGUUCCAACGGCCCCUGGGACGGCGUGCCGAGUUGCAGGAACAAGUUCCAUGGGACGAGGUCGUCUCCGCCUCGGCGCCCAGUCGCUUUUCACCGCGAGCGGCGAGCCGAGGGCCCGGUGCGCUGGGUGCCAGAUCACUGGCGCUAGAGGUUUACCUGCUUUGGGCAUCGCGAUCGGCCAAGAGCCGGCGGAACGCCCGCGCCGUUUGGUGCAGCCGACAGCGAAGUCGGUCAGGCCCAGCCUCGGCCAUUGUGAUGCGAAACCAAGAGAUCGAGUCCUCUGUGGGUGCUGCACAGGAGGAAGACGCUGGCGAAGACCAGGAUACCAAGCAGAAAUUACUGCAACGGCUCCGUCAAGAGGUUUCAGGGUCGCACCAGCUGGUGGCGCGUAUCUUCCUCUCGGCCAGCAGUGACCUCCGACACGAGAUGUUGGAACUGAUCGCGGAGGAAACGAUGGCAUUGCCGGUGGAGAAUUUCCGCGGACUCCUGCGAGCUCUCCGCAAAGCGGACGUGUCUCCAGAGAACAUCGUGCAGCUGUAUCAGCGUGUGCAGCCUUGGUUCAUGGAACAGAAACCCAACGAAGAAGACUGGGCGCAGGUGGUAUACGCCUUGGCGCGGAGUGGACGUCUUUCUGAGGCAGCCGACAUGGUGGAGUGCAUGGAGAGAGGCAAAGAGGGGUUCCCGGCUCCGGACUCGCGGAUGUAUGUGUUGCUGGUCCGGGAGAUGGCAAGGCAAAAAGGCCCAUUUGCGGCUUCAACCUUGCUAUCUCGGACGCAGGCUCAAGGCUUGAUCCCUGACGCGGUAUACUUCUUGUUGAUGGUGGUGGUCUACUCGUCUGCCACCCCUCCUCAACUGGAUCGGGCAAAACUCUACCUUCGCAAGGGAGAGGAGCUGAUGCGACGCCAAAAGUUUGAUUUCCGUAUGGAGGUUGCAGAGCCACUAUAUUUGUACACCGCCCUCAUGGCGGGUUACUCCAGGCUGGGCCGCUUUCGGGAUACCUUCUCGGUGUUGGGAAUUCUGAGACAGCGAAAGAUCCGACUCAGUGCAGUCACUUUCAGCAUCUUGCAGCGGUGUUGUUUCAGCCGCUUGGAUGCGGCCACGGAUGUGCGGCAGUUGCUGCGGAUCAUGGAGCAGAUGGGCGUUACACCGGAGACGGACAACUACAACCACCUCAUUGAUUGCUAUGGGCAGUCGGGGCAGAUGACAUUGGCCUUACAAGUGGCCAAUCGGAUGAGGGAGGCGGGCAUUUCCUGGAACCAGAUCACCUAUCUGAAGCUCAUCAAGGCCGUCGUUGCCUCUGGUCAGGUGGAGCUGGCGCUCCGCUUACUGACGCGCAUGCGCAGUGACGGCGUCCGCCCGGGGGCACCACAUUACACGUGCGCCUUCAUCGGUCUGGCUCGCGAAGGAUACUACGAGGAUGCCUCGCGUGUGUUUCAACGUUUGGUGGAGCUUGGAGGCGCUAAGGACCCGUUCGCGUGGAACAUGAUGAUGGCCAUUGAGUGCCGUCGUGGUGACAUGGACGCCGCCAUGGAGGUCUUGGAGAGUAUGAAGGAAGCGGGGUGGCCUCCAAACAUCACCAGCUACAGCAUCAUGUUGGAAGGCUACACGGGCAUCUCUGAUUGGCCGAGUGCCUUGGCCUUGCGAGACACUGUUCUGGACCUGCGACAAAGUCUCAUCAGAAUCGCUAAGGAUCCUGUAGCCACGGAAGCAGCCGCUUCAGCGGCCAAGUUGGAGCUGAACCUCACUGCGACCUGGACCAAGGUCUACCAUCUUUUGGUGGAUGCUGCCGUGUACAAUGCCGAAUGGACACGUGGGGUGGCCUUCAUCGAGGAGUUGACGGAGCUUGGUUUGCCUGUGAACUACUACAAGCAUGCCCGUUUGCUUCAAGACGUGUCCAGCUCAGCCCGGCACCUCGCAGCACAAGGUGAUCAGGAGUUUGUGUAUCCAGAUUGGAAUACUGAGCCAGAAUCUGCUAAGGUUCCGGAGAAGUUCCGGAAGCUUCUGGUGCAGAUACCCGGUGAGGUUCCGGGUACCUGGUGACGUUCCGGAGGGUUCCGGUGAAGAUGCUUGAUGAGGUUCCGGAAGCUUCCGGUGCAGAUACCUGGUGAAGAUACCUGGUGAGGUUUUG